AUGGGCUUCACGGGCUUCGCUGUUGGCACGGUCAUGGGCCUCUCCACGAAAAUCGGCAGCAACGUCUUGCAGAAGGUCCCGUACAUGCGUCACCCGUGGGAGCACGUGCUGUUGAUGGGCGUUGGUGCUGGACUUGGCAGUUAUCUGCAGAGCAAAUACCAUCGGGACCUGGAGGAGGUGGAGGAGCUGCGGCAGUACUUGGAGCGUCGCUCGGAGGUCAACAAGGAGGCGUAA